UCUGCAGGACACUCAUGUUCCUUCUGGGUAAGGCUUCAUCAUGCUUUGUCUUAGCUGUAACUAAAGAUUUUGGGCUAUUGUUGCGCAGCCUUCCCGCGCCGACAUGGAUGAAGCAAGACCUCUGCUGAACAGGAGACGAUCAUCAUCAUCAUCAUCAGAACCCACGUUCCAAAAAUCCAAGCUGUUCCUGGCUGUUUUUGCAGCGGUCUUGGGGAACUUCAACUUUGGCUAUUCCUUGGUGUAUCCGUCCCCCGUCCUGCCAGUGCUCCAGAGUCCCGAUGCAGACCCCCGGCUGAAGAUGGACACCUCGCAGGCCGCCCUGUUCGGAUCAGUCUACAUGCUGGGAGUAGCUGGAGGCGGGCUGGCGGCCAUGUUGCUCAACGACUUGUUUGGAAGAAAGCUGAGCAUUAUGGUGUCAGCGAUACCGUCUGCUAUUGGUUACCUUCUACUGGGAGGGGCUGUGGAGCUGUGGAUGCUCCACCUGGGCCGUUUCCUUACAGGCGUUGCCGGCGGGGUGACGUCAGCGUCCAUUCCUGUUUACAUCUCGGAGAUUUCCCAUAAAUCUCUGAGAGGAGCCCUCGGCUCUUGUCCUCAGAUCACUGCUGUGUUUGGAGCCUUGGCACUGUACGCUUUGGGUUUGGUGUUACCUUGGCGGUGGCUUGCAGUGGUGGGUGGGGUGCCAGCAUUGCUGAUGGUUGUGCUGCUGGUCUUCAUGCCCUACUCCCCCAGGAGGCUCCUCUCCCUGGGAAGAGAGAGGCAGGCUGAGCGAGCUCUCCGCUGGUUGAGGGGAGUUGACUAUGAUGUACAAAGGGAGCUUGAUGCUAUUAAGCUCAGUAUCAGCCUGCAGAGGCAUGUCACAUGGUCCCAGCUGGCCACGCCCAUCUACUACCAACCGAUCCUCAUCUCUGUGGUGAUGCGUUUCCUGCAGCAGCUGACGGGCAUCAGUCCCAUUCUAGUUUACUUGGAGCCCAUUUUUUCUCAGAGCAACGUCUCACUGGCGCCCAGGUAUGAUGCCGCAAUCGUGGGAUUGGUUCGCCUCCUUUCCGUGACCGUGGCAGCUGUUUUGAUGGACAAGGCGGGGCGUAAAGCCCUGUUGUACACGUCAAGCUUCCUGAUGUUCCUGUCCACUCUGACCCUGACCGUGAUUUCCCUCACUACACCUCACCCGCCAGGCCCCGCCCCGUCAAACCUCACCACAAGUAUGGGCCGCGCGCUCCACGAUGACGCGGCUUUACACACGGCGAGCCACCAAACAGCUUCAGGCCCUCUUCCACUUAUCAGCGUUGUGGUUUUCAUAUUUGGCUACGCCAUGGGAUGGGGCCCCAUCACAUGGCUGCUGAUGUCAGAGGUGUUACCGCUUGUGGUCAGGGGCGUGGCCUCGGGCCUGUGCGUGACUGUCAGCUGGUUGACGGCCUUCGCCCUCACAGACGCCUUCACUCACCUGGUGGACAGGUACGGCCUGUACGUGCCGUACUUCUUUUUCACGGUGGUGUGCGUCCUGUGUCUGCUCUUCACCGCCGUGUGCGUGCCGGAGACCCGCGGACGCUCUCUGGAGGAAAUCGAGAAUUAUUUCAGGACACGGAGGUUUACUAUUAAUGGCGAACAUUACAGUGAGGAACAAUAAGUACGUCACUCCGCUGUGAUUGACAUAAGAAAAAUCAUAUUUAUAAGAGAAUAAUAACAACUUCAUAAGAAAAAAAUAAGAAAAUAUUUUUUUUAAAUACAACAGUGAAGUUGUAUUGUAUUUCAACAUCCAUUCCACAAAAUUAGACUUUAUUCUCAUAUCAUUACGUUUGUUUUUUUCCGGCGUGGCCAUAAUACGACCAAUGCAAAUUAAAAACAGUCAAAUAUU